AUGUCCUUCAAAUGUCAGAAACUCGUGGCUAUCAUUCUGCUAUCGCUAGCUCAAUACGGCUUACUCAGUGAUGCUCUCUCCACGAGCAGCGAAAGAGGGAAUACGACUUCGUAUGGACGUGCACGCAUCAAUAUCGACAACGGCUGGCGGUUCUUUCGGUCAGAAAGCAAUCCUGAUGGGCUCAGCUACGACACCCGACCGGGUCUUCCCUCGACGUCAGACACGGAAUCAUUGAAACUCUGGAUUCUGCCCUGCGGGAACCGAUUCAUUAAAGAUGUAGCCCAGAAACACGACAGGCCUACAAGUAAUCCAAAGAGCAACGUCUCUUUCGCACAAAACAGCUUCGAUGACACUGCCUGGGAGACGAUCAACCUCCCCCAUGAUUGGGCCAUCAAGGGUCCGUUUUAUGUCGGAGACAAUGUGCCUGUCACUGGAGGGAUGGGUCGAUUACCUGUGUAUGGCGUUGGGUGGUAUCGUCGCAAAAUAGAAAUUCUCUCUGAAGAUAGAGGAAAGUUCAUUUAUCUAGACAUCGAUGGUGCCAUGUCAUACGCAAUGGUCUGGCUGAACGGAAAUCUGGUCGGCGGAUGGCCUUACCCGUACAAUUCCUUUCGCCUCGAUCUAACGCCUUAUCUGGUUCCGGGAGAUGAGAAUAUCCUUGCAAUUCGAUUGGACAACCCAACUCAGUCCUCGCGGUGGUAUCCUGGUGGAGGCCUAUACAGACAUGUCUGGCUCACAAAAGCGGAACCUGUACAUGUAGCCCAAUGGGGCACAUACAUCACGAGUAGGGAUGUGUCUGCUGAGUCUGCGACUAUCGAUGCCGUUAUUCAGAUUGACAAUAAUGCGAACUCCAGCAAGGAGAUAGAGGUUGCUACCGACGUGUAUAUUCUCGAAGGGCAUGAGAGGAGGAAAGUGGCAUUCUUCCCAGUUGCCAGACUGGUACUUCCUGCAAGCGCAACAGAGCAGAUCAACGGAUCGGUAGAAGUAAAGAACCCGCAACUGUGGGGUCCACCACCAACACAGUUUCCACAUCUGUAUGUCGCUGUUACACGUAUAAAUUUCAACAACAAAACAAUAGACACCUACGAAACGAAUUUCGGUAUCCGCUCACUAGUUUUCAAUUCUGAAAAGGGUCUCCUUAUCAAUGACGAGCAUGUACGCAUCCAAGGUGUAAACCAGCAUCAUGAUCUAGGAGCGCUAGGAGCGGCUUUUAAUACUCGGGCAGCGGAACGACAGCUAGAAGUUCUUCGCGAUAUGGGAUGCAACGCAAUUCGAAUGUCUCACAACCCGCCUGCACCAGAGCUGUUGGCGUUGACUGAUCGUAUGGGAUUCCUGGUCAUAGAUGAAGUGUUCGAUAUGUGGGAACGCCAGAAGACGCCAGCGGAUUAUCACUUGCUAUUCACCGAUUGGCACGAACCAGAUCUUCGCGCCUUUCUACGGCGCGAUCGAAACCAUCCAUCCAUUGUGGCGUGGAGUUUUGGUAACGAAGUAGGUGAACAAACUACUGGGGAAUCUGGAGCAGUACUGGCCACUAGACUGCGUAAUAUUGUUCACGAAGAGGAUCCAACUCGACCAGGCACCGCUUCAAUGAACGCUGCAGAACCAAACAUGCCAUUCCCGCAGGCUUUAGACAUCCUGAGCCUGAACUACCAAGGGGAAGGUUUCCGGGAUACACCAGCAUACUCCCAUCUUCCUGGCAGAAAAACAAAACCUUUGUACGCUGACUUCCAUGAAGCCUUCCCUGAAAAUAUGCUACUUAGCAGUGAAACUGCGGCAACUCUCAGCAUGCGUGGUGCGUACAUAUUUCCAGUGACGCGGGAGAUCAGUGCGCCAGUGAAUGACACGAGCGGAGGUAACUCCACAUCGUUUCAAGUCAGUGCGUACGAAUUGCAUACAGCCGAUUUCGGUUCCUCUCCAGACAAGGUAUUUCCAACGCAAGAUAAAAACCCGUACGUCGCCGGGGAAUUUGUCUGGUCAGGCUGGGACUAUCUAGGCGAGCCAACGCCCUAUUACUCGGCCCGAAGCUCAUACUUUGGCAUUGUGGAUUUGGCUGGGUUUAAAAAAGAUCGCUUCUUUUUAUAUCAGUCUCGUUGGCGUCCUGAUCUUAAGAUGGCACACAUCCUCCCGCAUUGGACCUGGCCUGAUCGGGCAGGGCAAACAACCCCAGUGCACGUAUUUUCAGCCGCUGAUGAAGCUGAAUUAUUCUUGAAUGGAAAAUCACAAGGUCGGAAGAAGAAACAAGAAUACGAGUACCGAUUCCGAUGGGACGACGUCAAGUACCAAUCUGGAGAACUGCAUGUUGUUGCAUACAAGAACGGAACUAAAUGGGCAGAAGAAACUACGCGAACCGCUGGGGAGAGCACAGGGCUAGAUGUUACGGCUGACCGGACUACUAUCAGAGCUGAUGGGGUUGAUCUGUCCUUCAUUACCGUCAAAGUUGUUGAUAGCCAAGGAAACACUGUGCCUCAUGCGGCUGACAACAUUACGUUAUCUAUAUCUGGACCCGGCGAGAUUGUGGCUACGGACAAUGGCAACCCUGUGGACUUCACUUCAUUCUCAUCUAAAGAGCGAAAGGCAUUCAAUGGCCUGGCACUUGCCAUUAUCCGCACUACAGACCGGACAGUGGGACAAAUUAAGGUUGUAGCAACGGCGAAGGGCUUAGAAACUGCACAAAUAGUAUUAGAGGCGCAAUAA